CGACGAUGUGGGAGUGCGCGUGUCCGAGAAAGGGAGAGCGCUGGAGCACCUGAACAACUGGGCGGACGCGCGCUCUCGCUGUCCACGGUUCUGAAAGCGCUCGAAUAGCAGGAGUCUGGGAUAGGCUGCAUUUUAAUCGCUCAAAACCAAACCUGAAAUGGUAAAUCUUAUGUCACCUGAGUGUUCACCUUUUGUGUGUUAAUCUCGGAUAUUUUCUAUCUGGCGUGUGAACAAAGUCUUCCAGUCUGCUCGGUUCUUUCUCCCACAUGCAAUUGGCAUACGGAAAAUGGAUCUGCAAGGACCAGCAUUCCACAAGGCAAAAACAGAAAUGUUCGUGACUGUAAAAUAAUCUCUACCUCCAGGCGUUUUUGCGCACAUUUCCUUCGCUCUCUAAGGAUUACAACUCUCGCAACACGAUCCACCGCGGAGAAAGAGACAAGCCAUUUUAUUCACACUCAAGCAAUAUGUUCGGACAUCUUCCUCAUCCAAACCAGGUUUUCUCUUUAUAAGUACCAAACGGAGCGUCGACUUUGGACAUGGAUACCAUGAAACAGCGAGUGUUUGCCCCCAGCAAAGAGGGGCUGAAAAAUUUGGCCGGGAAGACCCUGGGGCAGCUCCAGAGGGUGAUGGAGAAGCGUCAUGACACCGGAGAAGUUAUCGAGCUGACGGAGGAUGGAAGACCCAAGGAGGUCAAAGAGAAGAGAACACCUCUGUGCGACUGCACGUGCUUCGGGCUUCCCCGCCGCUAUAUUAUCGCCAUCAUGAGUGGCCUUGGCUUCUGCAUCUCCUUCGGCAUCCGCUGCAACCUGGGCGUGGCAAUCGUGAGCAUGGUCAACAACAGCACCAUUCACCGGGAUGGCAAGAUUAUUGUCACUGAGAAAGCCAAAUUUAACUGGGAUCCGGAGACGGUGGGUAUGAUCCAUGGCUCUUUCUUCUGGGGCUACAUCGUCACGCAGAUACCUGGAGGAUACAUCUCAUCACGUCUGGCCGCCAACAGAGUCUUUGGGGCCGCUAUUUUUCUCACGUCAACACUAAAUAUGUUCAUUCCAUCUGCGGCUCGUGUGCACUAUGGGUGCGUCAUCUUCGUGAGAAUACUCCAGGGAUUGGUGGAGGGUGUGACUUACCCCGCAUGUCAUGGGAUCUGGAGUAAGUGGGCUCCACCUUUGGAGAGGAGUCGCCUGGCAACCACCUCUUUCUGUGGUUCCUAUGCUGGAGCAGUGAUAGCCAUGCCCCUGGCUGGGAUCUUGGUGCAGUACUCAGGCUGGUCUUCUGUCUUCUACAUUUAUAGUAGUUUUGGCAUUGUGUGGUACAUGUUCUGGAUCCUGGUAUCAUAUGAGAGCCCAGCUGACCACCCUACUAUCACUGCUGAGGAGCGGGCCUACAUCGAGGAGAGCAUUGGCGAGAGUGCCAUGUUAAUGGGGCCGGCUGAUAAAUUUAAGACUCCCUGGAGGAAGUUCUUCACCUCCAUGCCCGUCUAUGCAAUCAUCGUGGCCAACUUCUGCCGCAGCUGGACCUUCUAUCUGCUGCUCAUCAGUCAGCCGGCGUACUUCGAGGAGGUGUUUGGCUUUGAGAUCAGCAAGGUGGGUAUGAUCUCGGCUUUGCCUCACCUGGUGAUGACCAUCAUCGUGCCGAUCGGAGGACAACUGGCUGACUUCCUGCGCAGCAAGAAGAUCAUGUCCACCACAAACGUCAGGAAGAUCAUGAACUGUGGAGGCUUUGGAAUGGAGGCCACUCUACUGCUUGUCGUGGGCUGGUCCCACAGUAAACCUGUGGCCAUCUCCUUUCUGGUACUGGCUGUUGGCUUCAGCGGUUUUGCCAUAUCAGGGUUUAACGUGAACCACCUAGACAUCGCGCCAAGGUAUGCCAGUAUCCUUAUGGGCAUCUCAAAUGGUGUGGGCACCCUCUCAGGCAUGGUUUGCCCCCUCAUCGUCGGUGCCAUGACCAAAAAUAAAACCCGUGAGGAGUGGCAGUAUGUCUUCCUGAUCGCGUCCCUCGUGCACUACGGGGGCGUGAUCUUCUACGGGAUCUUCGCGUCCGGUGAGAAGCAGCCGUGGGCCGACCCCGAGGAGACUAGCGAGGAGAAGUGCGGCUUCAUCGACGAGGACGAGUUGGCCGAGGAGACGGGCGACAUCACGCUAUCCCACAUGCCCAUGGGAGCGCAGGGCAUGGCAGCAGGCGGUGCAGCUAAGUCCUACGGGGCCACUACGCAGGUCAACACCGGCUGGGCCCAGAGUUGGGACAAGACUGAAGAGUACAUCCAGGAAGGAGCUCCGCAGGCCUAUGGCGCAGGCCAGGACCAGGACUACUCCUAGAGCACAAGUACAAAUACAGAGGAAAUACAGAGGGCAGUCACACAAAUAACACACAGUAUUAGACAUGCACAUACAUAUUCCCCAGAUGAAUCACUCGUAGAGGGGGGAGAGAGAG